AUGCUCUAUCUAAUUGGAAUUGGAUUGCACUCAUACAAGGACAUAUCGCUCAGGGGGCUCGAUGCUGUUAGGAACAGCACACAUGUAUAUCUGGAAGGCUACACAUCAAUCCUGAACGAGCCGAUCCAUGAUCUUGAGUCCAUGGUUGGCAAAGAAAUAAAAAUCGCAAACAGAGAAACCGUUGAACAAACCGAUCAAAUAAUCAUGCAGGCUACUCAGUGUAAUGUGUCUUUACUUGUUGUAGGGACGCCGUUAUUCGCAACAACACAUACAGACAUAUUGAUAAGGGCAAAGGAGCAAGGCGUUCAUGCUGAAAUAAUCCAUAAUGCAUCAAUAAUAAAUGUCAUGGGCUGCUGCGGACUCUACUCAUACUCAUUCGGACGGGUAGUCACCAUCCCAUACUUCACAGAUACAUGGAAGCCAACAAGCUUCUACACAAAUAUUGUUCAAAACAUUGAAAAUAAAUUGCACACAUUAUGCCUGCUGGACAUAAAAACAGAUGAAGAGCGCUUCAUGAGUGUGAACGAGGCUGUAACCCACAUCCUUGAGGCAGCUGAUAUCUGCAGGUCCUCAGUGCUAACCAGAGAAUCAAAAAUAUUUGCAAUCUGUAGAUUCGGAUCUCCCACGGAGCAGAUAACUUAUUGCACCAUGGGUGAUGCAUGCCAGAAGGACUUUGGAAAACCACUCCAUUCUCUCAUCAUUCCUGGUGGGUUGGACAGGAUUGAGCAGGAGUUCGUUGAUCUGCUGAAUCCAGACACUUCAAACGACACCAAUGCUCUUAAUCAAUAA